AUCAAACCCAUCCAAGCAUUCCAUUGUCGUCGUCCUAUUCGCCGCCGAGCUCCCCCUCCAGCCUUGGGGAAGGAACCCUCCCCUCGUCGUCUUCGUCGUCGUCCCCCUCUUCACCUCUUCUGUUAUCAGAUCUGCGUGGAGUGGAGAUCCAGCAGGACUUGGGAUUCAGUUCUUUAGUCGCAGAGGGGAAGAAUUCUUGGCACAAUGGAAGGACCAUCCGGGCCAUCUCAAAUCAUUCCGAACCCCGAAGAUGCUUACUGCAACAGCACUGCUACACCUACGGAUUCCACGGGCAGCAGCUCACCGGCUGUUGCAAAACUCCGGAAGCUGCUCUUCCGGAGAAUGCUGAUCGGUGUGAACGACGGCCGCUACUUCCUCGGGCUGUUCCACUGCAUCGACAAGCAAGGGAACAUAAUCCUUCAGGACGCAGUGGAGUACCGAAGCGCCGGCGGCUUUUCGCCUCCGGCGGAGCAGCGGUGCCUGGGGCUCAUCCUGAUUCCAGCCGCUUGCCGUUCAUCUUGCCAGGCUGAUUGCUCUAUUGAAGAGAAGAUGUCUCUCCUGUGCUUGGAUAAGUGAUUGCUGCUUCUGAAGUUGCUCUGCCUUCCCAAGCUACAUAGCUUUGAUGAACGCAUGUAAACCUUCUUAGUUCUUGCUGUGACUCGAUUUGCAAUCAAUUUUGUCAUGGGAGAGGCCUUGCAUGAUAAUGUUAUAUUAGCUGAUAUUAUUUAGGAAAACUGGUGUUCGUCUUCAUUUAAAUAGAAUUGAACUGAUACAUUGUAUCAGGCCAAUUUCUUCAAUCAAUGAUGUUGUAAUUGAACUUGGAGCUUGAUUGGAAUUGAUUUACUACAGAUUUUCUUCCCA